GCGGCGGGCGGCUGAGGCCGAGGGAGACUGAGGCUAGGGAGGCCCGGGCGCAGCCGGGCGCCGAAGGAGGGCGGCGAUGUUCGUGCAGGAGGAGAAGAUCUUCGCCAGGAAGGUCCUGAGGCUUCACAUCUGCACCAUGGAAGGCACCGAGUGGCUGGAGGAGGUCACCGAGGAUACCACGGUGGAGAAGCUCAAAGAGCGCUGCCUCAAACACUGUGUACAUGGGAACUUAGAAGACCCCAAAAGUGUAACACAUCAUAAAUUAAUACAUGCUGCUUCAGAGAGGGUCCUGACAGACACCAAAACUAUCUUAGAAGAAAACAUUCAAGAUAAAGAUGUUUUAUUAUUGGUAAAAAAACGAGCUCCUCCUCCUCCUCCAAAGAUGACUGACGUCUCAGCUGAGGAAAAGAAAAAGCAAGAACAAAAAGCUCCAGAUAAAGAUGCUAUUCUCAAAGCAACAGCAAAUAUUCCUUCCCACAGUGUGGACAGGACUGUGGCCCAUCACAGCAUGAGAGAUUUCCAGACAGAACUCAGGAAGAUCUUGGUUUCACUUAUAGAGGUUGCACAGAAAUUGUUAGCACUGAACCCAGAUGCAGUUGAAUUAUUUAAAAAGGCAAAUGCAAUGUUGGAUGAGGAUGAUGAUGACCGAGUAGAUGAAGUGGCGUUAAGACAACUUACAGAAAUGGGCUUCCCUGAGAACAGAGCUGUGAAAGCACUUCGUCUCAAUCACAUGUCAGUAACACAAGCCAUGGAGUGGUUGAUAGAACAUGCAGAAGAUCCAACUGUGGACACGCCUCUUCCAGGUCAGGCUUCAUUAGAAGCUGCAGGUGCUUCUGCCUCCUCAUCUCAAGCUUCUGGUGGAUCUAAUACAGAAGGGGAGGAAGUCAAGGAUGAGCUAACAGAAAUUUUCAAGAAGAUCCGUAGGAAAAGAGAAUUUCGGCCAGAUCCACGAGCUGUCAUUGCUCUGAUGGAGAUGGGAUUUGAUGAAAAGGAAGUGGUAGAUGCACUGAAAGUAAACAACAACCAGCAAAAUGCAGCAUGUGAAUGGCUGCUGGGAGACAGAAAACCCUCACCAGAAGAUUUAGAUAAGGGAAUUGAUCCAGAUAGUCCUCUCUUUCAAGCCAUCCUUGACAACCCAGUUGUGCAGUUAGGACUAACUAAUCCUAAAACCUUGUUAGCAUUUGAAGAUAUGCUUGAAAACCCAUUAAAUAGCACCCAAUGGAUGAAUGACCCUGAGACAGGACCUGUUAUGCUACAGAUCUCCAGGAUCUUUCAGACGCUGAACCGCACCUAGGGGGAUGGACACCCCUCUAUUCUGCUGCUUCCGCUGCCCACAGCUUCAGGUUCCUCAGAGAAGAAGGAGCUGAGGAUUUGGGGGGAGGGGAAGAAAAGUAGCUUUUGGUAUUUGGCUAGAGGUCCUCUCAGUUAUACUUCUUAAACAAGAAAGAGUGUAGCUUAGGGCCAGCUGGAAAUGUAGUUGCCUUAUGGAUUUGUUGGUAGUGGAAGAAAGGUUUGCAUUCAGUUAGAUUGAAUAAAAAAAUCCGUAUCUCAAAAAAUACUCAUGCAAGCAACUUACAUGGGAUUGUUUGAGAUAAUAAUGACUGCUCUGGUUUUAUACCUUAUUGCUUUAAAAAAAGAAUUCGUGAGGGUAGUUUAGAAGUCAGUAUUUUUACCAUCUGACUGAUGUUUACAAAAAGUGACUGACCACUUCAGUGAAGAAUUAAAUGAUAUACUCAUCUCUAAAGAGUAUUAAGUUAUGAUUAUUAAAAUGAAAUGCUAUUUGAAUUGACCCUUAGAGUUUGAUUUUAAAAUCUAGAUGUUAUUUGAGAGAGCAUGUUUCAAUCCAAACUGUUAACGUCAGACAUACUAAUUUAAGUAGAUUAAUUCAUAGGUUAAAUUUCUUUAAUAAAUAGUUUUCUUUUUUCCUAUUUUCUGUGUUAGUGUUGUUCUAGUACCCAAAGAAAAAUUGUUACAUUACUUUAAGCAAUUCACAUCUCACUAUGUUAAAGAUGCAGUAUUUUUUUCUCUAACAGUUCAUUUUGCCACACCAAUAUUUUCAAUAUCUACAGGGGUAGAUUUCAUUAAUAUGCAGACACAUUUUGAUGGUAAAAAGGCUGUUUUCUUUUAAUUUAAUGAGUUUAAAAAUCAUUAGAACACAAUUUCCCCACAUCCCCCCCUAGGAAAAGCAAGUUGUGUUACAGGCAUUAAGCUAAUAACUUUUCUGCCUCUUUGCCCUCUUUUUAAAUUAAAAAAAAAAUAUUCUGUUCAUUAUAAUUGCCAGAAGUAGUUGUCUUCUGAGAAUGUUUUGGUUACUAACAUUCUCUUGAAGGCAGCCAAAUAACAUCUGCCUUAAUGCACUAACAUAUUUGCCUUGAUUAUUGGCUCCUAAAUAUUAUCUGGCAUUAGUUGGCUUACACAUUGUGCAGUUACCGUUCUUCCAUAAAUAGUCAAUGAAUAUAGAAGUCUUGUAGCUGAGAGCUUAGCUAGAUGACAGUUCUAGUUAACCAGUCUGUAGAAAAGCAUUUUUAUCUCACUGACCAGGUAUCUUCAUGGUUUUAGAUUUAAAACUUCAGGUCAGCAAUAUCAAGAAUUAUUUUUGCAGCUCUUUUAGGCAUUUUCUGGUUCCCGUAUUUGUUUGGAAAAAAAGAUCUGUGUAAGACACUCCUGAACAUAUGUGUGAAGUGUUGCAAACGUAUCUGUUCUCUAAUAGUUUGUUCUUAUUUUUCCACCAUGCUUUCACUUAAAAGUGAUCCCUUGGGAGUUUGGGCUUUUUUUUUUUUUUAACUCAAAGUCCUUAAUACAUUUAUUUUUAACUUGAAAAUCUGUGGAAUAAAUGAUUUUCAUUUCUUUCUUCUUCCUUGAUAGAGAGUAAUAUUCCUCCGGUACUUCUCCCCCUCAAAAGAGUAAGUUUACAAGUCAGUAUUUUUAGCAUCUGACCAAUUUGCAAAGAGUGACUGACCAUCUAAGUGAGGAAUUUAAUGAUAUAUUCAUCUCUGAAGAGUAAUCACUUCCCUCUCCCCCUUCAAAAAAAAUGAUGGGGGUAGGGAGAAUGCUAUACUUCUAAAAUGAUUAGUGAUAAUUUACAAAGUACUAACACAUUACCUGUUUGACUCUAUAUAAUAUUUAUGAAAGAGCAAAAUAUCUUAAAUAUACAAAAUCCAUGUUACAAUGUAAAGUUUGGCUUUUAGUACAAUAGGAAUUUUUCAUUUGUACUACAAAAUGAUUCUUUGUAUAAAAUUUAUCCAAAUAGUACACAAUAACCCUUAUUAAAGUAACGUCUCCCAGGUUGUGAAAAUUUCCUGAGUUUAUUGUUCCUUCUGUAUACAGAUUUUUAAGACCCCUGAUUAAGAAAAUUAACUAGUUUCAUAAGCCUAUUCUAGACUCAAUUUGCUUCCAUAAACUGAAAUUACACGUGAAAAGAAAGCUGUUUUAUAGCCAAAGAAGUACUGCAUCUUUAAAAUAUCCCCAAACUGAGCAAAUGUUUUUGUGUGUGUGUGUAUAUAUAUAUUUUUUUUGCUGAAACUUAAUUCAAGUUGUUUUAGAAUGUUGAUCUUUUAAAUAUUUGAUAGGGAAAAACUAAAAGGUGGUUGCUUUGAUGUGUCUCUUCAAAAGGGCAAAUUACUAUUUGGGCUGUAUAGCUUCUGAAGAUCAUUACUUGUCUUGGUAGAGCUAAUUGCUUCCAGUUGCUGGAAAAUUAACAGUAUUCUAGGUAUAUAUAGUCCUUUGCCGAAGGCUCGAUGUGAAUGAGGACUUUAUGUAGAUUCAAACCAAAUUAUCAGACAAUGCCACAUAAGAAGCUAGUAAAAUCAAACCAUUAGUAUACAUACCUGUUUAGUAUGCAGUCAGGGUCAAGGGUGUGUCUGUCAGGUGGCCAAUUCAGCAGAUUUUAGAGAGGAACCAUGGAAAUUGGCAUCCAGACAAUGGUUACCUUUUAUGCUCAUUCCACUGUGUUUGGAAUAUUGGUAAUUCCAUACGUUACUGAUGGCGAAUUUUUAAAAUUCUCAUACUAAAAUUUUGGGUUGGGAUUUGACAGACAUAGGAAGAGGUUUCCAGUGGGGGACCUUGUAGGCAGGAAGAAUAUUGUUAAGUGCACUGUCAAAAUUGAUAUUCUCUGUCCAUGGAAAAGGAUGGAAUAAUUAUGUUUACAACUUCAGAGUUCAGCCUAGCAUACAUGGCAAUAUUAACAUGCAGCUUACUGAAUGAAGAGUUAAAGCCACUGCGACCACAUGUCUGUGCAUCAUUCAAGCCAGACCUAGGGUGGGAAUAUGCACUAUUUGAUCUUAAAGAGAAGAGAAGAUACAGAAAAAGAAAGGAAGACUAAGAAAAUAGCUAAUGAAUCUUCAACAGUAUUGAUUCUUUUUGAAUUGUUCUUAUACCUGUUCUCCACCAUCCCAUUGGUUGACAUAGACAAUCUUUACCUUUUGAUAUUUACAUGUGAUUAUGGAAAGGUAUUUAUUUAUUUAAUAUAUAUAUAUAUAUAAUUUAUAAUUUUGUCAGAUCACAAAGCUUUGAUAUUUUUAAUAGAAGUGUUCUAUAUGAAAGUUUGUUCUCAGGGCUUCAUAUUUAUACUAACUUUGUAGGGAAUGCAAUAUAGUUUGAAAAGCCAGUAAUUAUUUUACUACUGAAGCAUUGGUUACUUGGUUUUAACUUGUCAGACAACCUCAAUAGAGGCAGGUCCGGUGAGAGUUCCUUUCUUGUUGAUUGGUAUCUUCUAAUGAAAGAAUCCACAGGAUUUGGUGUAAAAACUAUGAAUGUAAGCAAAAAUAAGAUGACUUAUGGUGUGGGUCUAAAUUUUAGAAUUUAUAUGUACUUUGGGAGAAAUGUUUGUAGUCUUGAUAAGGUCUGUACACCAUUAGAUGAGAUCUUUGAUGCCUGAGUUGGGGAGUACCAAGUAGUACAUGGUAUCCACCAAAUUAUGGUACUAAAAACCACCAUAGCAAUGGACUAUUCCCAUAUCUCACCUCUGGAGGACACAGCAGGAAGUGUGUUUGUUUGUUUCUUUUUUCAAAGUUAUAUUCUCAGGCAGUUCUAGUUGUGAUGUCUUGAUAUUAUUACUGGAGCUAGAGAAGACAUGCAGACCACCUCACCCACCCAUGUCUAAUACCCCUUUCCUUGUAGUUGUUACAGUCUUUUGGGUUAAAACUUUCUCCUCAUUGACUUCCAAGGUUAAAUCUGAAAAGAUAAUGCCUUAUCUUCUGAAGAACUGAUUCAGUUGCCUAAAAGUGACUGGGCUAUUUAAAUUCUAUUUUAAAAAAUAAACCUUUUGAGAAUAUUGAUGGGAUCAAGGACUAGUCCCAGAUGUCCUCUCUAACUGAACUGUAGGCUUCUCCAAUAGUGGUUUUUACUGGAGUAGCUGUCUUGCUCCAGUGACUCUUGGCUCUAUUAUUGAGUGCUUACAAGAUUGGUAAAAUUCUCACCAGUCUGAAAUUUUACUCCCUCCACCCCCCUUUUUUGUACAAUCAAGCCUGUGCUUGCUACACAAAAUGGUAAUAGUUUGUUGCCUAUGAGCAUUUUUCAUCAGAGAUUAUUAAUUUACUCUGGAAAUUCAGGUUAUCCAGUGUGCAUUUCCUUUGCUGAAAUUUGUUCUAUUAGUAUCCCAGUCUUAACUAAUAACAGAAGGUUAUAGUUGUAAUUGGGAUGUUAUAUUUACCUCUUUAACAGUUUCCCAACCCUAGAAUCUAAACACUUACAUACCAAUCCCUGGCUGAAACUUAAGGAAGGAUUUUUGAUAAAUGUAAAUGCAUUAAAUUCAACUUGAAUUUUGUUAUUGUUUUUGUACCAUUGUGGUGUUCAGAGGUUUUGGGGGAGAACAAUGUAUAAACAUCUACCAAAUGAAAUGUUAACAGCUGCUGGUGAUGCCUGUAUAUUAUUUUUUAAAGAUGACUCUGAAUAUUUUGCUGGUUUAAUAAAACAUCAGAAUGUGAUUUGCAGUGACUAAAAGGUAGCUCUAGUGCUGCAUUUUCAUUUCACCUGGUUAUAAAAAUAAUUGCAUAGGUUUGGUACGCCAUACUUUUUAUAUGAAAGUGAUAGUGUGGCAUGCACACUUGUUUUAAGAUUUAAUGUUACUCUGGAGCAGCUUAAGUUAGGUGGGUAUAGCAAAAACUCUAGAAUUCAGAGUUCAUUCGACAGAUAUGGUGCUAGGAGCAUGAUUUAGUUAUACAGCCAGUAUUAAUGAUAAAUAUUUGAAUUAAUUUGGUGUGUGUAUUUUUUAAUACCACUGGCCUCCAGAAAGCAAAUAUUAAUAAUCCACUGAGCUGAGUUUUAACAAAGUCAGAUUUCAGCUAUUUAAGGAAAUUUUCUAGGUAACACAUGUUCAUACGAUAGAUUGUUCCAACCUUGGUAGUAGUCAUAAACUAUGUUAACACAGUUUGCUAGGGGACUAGAAUGAUUACUGAGUCUUAAUUCUCCUGCCCCUUCUACCACCCCCCCCCCCACACACUGACUGACAGUGUGUUGAUAG